AUGGCAUCGAUCCCCCAGACCCUCUGGUCCGCCCAGAUCCCCCUCCACGUAAUCCACCCUUCCAACCCAAACACGCCCCUCGUCACAUCCCUCCCGCGCUUCUCCUACCUCGCCCUCCUCGUCCCCCGCUGCUCCGCCUUCUUCCGCACCCCCGUCUCCGCCUUCCACCACGAGGACCUCCUCCUCAGGAACCUGCCCCUCGGCCUCCUCGUCGACCUCUACCAGCCCUCCCUGCCCUGGCGCCUCACCGUCAGCGACGGCGACAGCUGGGACAUUGGCGACACCUUUUUAAACUGCGUCAAAGAGGCAGACUUUGUCCGCUACGGCAACGCAAAACGCAUAAUGUCCCUCUCCAAAGCAGACACCUCGACCCUCUGGAACGCAGUCCAAGACAACGACUACGCCUCCUUUUCAAAAAUAAACGCCCUCCUCCUCAACGCCCCCACGCCCCUCCGCAACGUGCCCCUCAGGGUGUACAUCCCGUCUUCGCCCCCGCCUGGCAGCGGCAGCGGCAGCGCCAUCGGUGCCACCGGUGCCUCACCGAAGCCACCAUCUUUGUCAACCUCACAACAGCAGCAACUAGCUCCUCCACCAUCAACACCAGGACCACCACCACCAGACACGCCCUCCUCCUCAUCCUCCGCCGCAGGUGCCUUCAAAGUCCUCCAGACCCUCGUCCCGCCCGUCAUUCCCGGCACCCGCACCAGACAGACCCUCGGCCGCGCGCUCCAGUCCCAUCUCCCCAGCCUGUUCCCCUCCAGCCGCGACCCCGUCCUUGCAAACGUCGUCCUCCAUGGCUCGCCCGUGCCGUUCUCGGCGCCCCUCGAGGACCUGAUGCGCGAGGCGGCCUAUCCGGAUGGGUGGCUUUGUCUGGCCGUUGUGUUAUUGUGA